CGCAGGCGCAGACCGGCGGAUGAAGAUGGUGCUCAUCAAGGAAUACCGUGUGGUGUUGCCCAUUUCAGUUGAAGAGUACCAAGUGGGCCAGCUAUACUCAGUGGCCGAGGCCAGCAAGAACGAGACGGGCGGGGGUGAAGGCAUCGAGGUGCUGAAGAACGAACCCUACGAGAAGGAUGGCGAGAAGGGACAGUACACACACAAAAUCUACCACUUAAAGAGUAAAGUCCCAGGAUACGUGAAGAUGAUAGCGCCAGAGGGAGCGUUUGUUUUUCACGAAAAGGCCUGGAAUGCCUACCCCUACUGUCGCACCAUUGUGACGAAUGAAUACAUGAAAGAUGACUUCAUGAUUAAGAUCGAGACGUGGCACAAGCCUGAUAUGGGAACAGUGGAAAACGUGCACGACCUGGAUGAGCAGACGUGGAGGAGUGUGGAGGUGGUUCCCAUAGAUAUCGCAAACAAAGAUGAAGUGGCGCCAAGUGACUACAAACAAGAAGAAGAUCCUGCACUAUUCCAGUCAGCCAAGACAGGAAGAGGGCCUCUCGGCCCCGAGUGGAAGAACGAGCUGAAGACAGACUGUCCGUACAUGUGCGCAUACAAACUGGUCACGGUCAAGUUCCGAUGGUGGGGUCUUCAAACCAAAGUGGAGAACUUCAUCCACAGGCAAGAAAAGCGCAUCUUCACCAACUUCCACCGCCAGCUCUUCUGCUGGGUGGACAGGUGGGUGGGUCUGACCAUGGAGGACAUCAGGCGUAUGGAGGAGGAGACUCAGAAAGAGCUGGAGGAGAUGCGUCAGAAGGGCGACGUGCGAGGCACCUCAGCAACAGACGAGUAGAGGCCGUCGCUGUAGUCAAACACUAGAGGCAGGCUGACUGCGUAAGACGGGUCCCAUUCGAGGUACCAGUGCUGCUCAUGAGCAGUGAGUCAAAUCAACCCAACCCUGUCUUGAUGAUGUCAUCGGAGACACGCCCACCACCACCACCACCACCACCACCACCACUACCACC